CCUUUCGAAAUAUGGGGGGCGUCAGUCAUUAUUCAGUGCCAUCACGCACAAGAGUCCCUUUGGCACCAAAUAGCAAAAGGCAUCCUGGUGAAGAGUUCCUCCGAUUUUGAUCCACUUCCAAAAAACGAAAAUGAAGCGUUUUAAUUCGCUGAUUUGGUCCUUCGGAAUUUCAUUGCUUAUUAUGUCUGUUCUUGUUGUUACAUCUACUGAUGGGCAAAAACUAAUGGAGAAUGAUGACGACGACGACGAAAAAUGUGAACCCACCCUGGCAGACGCCUGCUUUACUGACGUAGCUCAAGAUCUUCGUUGCUUGGGUUCAACAAAGAGAAAGGUGCAAUGCAACGAUCUCUGCAGAUCAAUCGACGACGCUCUUCAGUGCACAGCUGACAUUAUAGACACAGACUGCGGCCAAAAAGACGGACGUGAUAGAUUUGAUGCGUGGUUACGAGGACUUCGUGCUGUGUACUACUCACUCUGUGGCAAGGAUCGGCUGGCCAUCUUGGGUUUGACUCAAAAUGCUGAUUGCUGGAAUCCAAUGAGUUUCGUCUCGUGUGUUGAAAAAAUGGCCGGAAUAGACCACGUCAAUGAUUUACUACGACUGCGCCUUGAUAUGAACCAGUGCAACCGUUUGAUGAUUAGUAUAAGUACCUGUAACGUUAAAGCAACCAGCUUAGGAUUGGCCAGCGCUCGAUGCUCUCCUUCGUUAGAAGGCGUGAAUGAAAUCAUCCACACAUUUUUCUCGAAGACAGAAUGCGGCCGAGUAUGUAAUGGUGGAAGCAAUAUCGUCUUCAAGAAAACUACUUCUGUCAUAUGCCUUAGCGCGCUGUUAUUAUCUGCUGUAAUGCUGCAAUUUUAAAUAAUCUGUUUAAUAAUUACUCAUAUUUGCUCUUGGUAAAAAGCAAUAAAUUGGGAGAUCCAGCCAA